CUUUUUAUUAAUCCGCGUUUUGUCUGCCUUCGCCUUUCUCUUCAAUCUGGGUUUGGUGGGGGGGGGGGGGGAGGUUUUAAGUAAAGCGUGCGAUACAAAAACAGACAUCCUCUGUAACUCCUGUGUUCUUGCCCUACUCUUCUUCAUCAUCUCUCCUCUUUCUUCUCUUCUCUUCUCUUCUCUUCUUGGUGUCUAAUAUAUCAGUGCUUCGUUUGUUCUGCAUAAAAGUAAAAGAUUCACCUUCUUAAGGCUGAUUCAGAUAUAGUCUUUUUCUUUUCUCCGCAAAAGACGAGCUCGUGUUGAAUUAAGAGAAAGCAUAGAAAAAAAAACAUUAAGAAUUUGAAGAUUCCGCGCAAAAGAAGAGAAAGUCGAUACUUUUUUUCUUUCUUCCCCCUGGUGAUUCCUCGCUUUAAAUUUGAGAAGACGACUUACUUUGGUUUGACCAAAGACGACGGGUUUGAUCUGAAUCUCUUGUGUUCAUAUGGAAGACAAAAAGAAUUAGUUUUUUUUUUUUGUUGUUGUCUUAUUUGGGCCCAAAUACUGGGGUUUGGAUUCUCUCAAUCAUCAUGCAAAGAGUACGCAAUAAACCGAUUAAAUCCAGCGGAGGAACCACGACGGCUUCCGUCAAGCAUUUAAUCAAACAGAGAGGCGGUGGUGGAGGGGGAGGAAGUGGCGGAGAUACGGCGGCUCUGGAGGUUUCCAAGCCGGCUAAUGACAACAGCGCCUUGACAGAUAUGCAGGAGCCGAGCAUCGAUACGGACAAGCUCAGCUACGAGAUUUUCUCGAUUCUCGAGAGCAAGUUUCUUUUCGGGUACGACGACAGCAACGACGAGCAACACCCUAAAACCACGGUACCCAGAAACCUCAACCCUCAACCCGAACCCGAACCCGUGAAUUCGGCGCCUGCGAUUGGCUCCGUUCCUGGGUCCAUUAAGAACCAGAGAGGGAAGAUCUGUAUCCUGAGCAUCGAUGGAGGAGGCAUGAGAGGGAUUUUGCCCGGGAAAGCGUUGGCUUAUCUAGAACACGCUCUGAAAUCGAAGUCGGGCGACCCGAAUGCUCGAAUCGCCGAUUACUUCGACGUAGCCGCCGGGUCCGGUAUAGGCGGGAUUUUCACGGCGAUGCUAUUCGGGUCGAGGGACGGUAACCGUCCGAUCUUCAGGGCAGAGGAGACGUGGCAGUUCCUAACGAAGAACGCAAAGGGUCUUUACGGGUCGACACCGUCUUCUUCGCUGAUGAAGCGGGUCAUGAGAACCGGGUCGUCGGGUUGUUCCGCGACGAAGAAGCUACAGAGAGUGAUGAAAGAGUCCUUCUCGGAGCUAACCUUAAAGGACACGCUCAAGCCGGUGCUCAUACCCUGCUACGACCUGAAAAGCUCUGCUCCGUUCCUCUUCUCACGCGCCGACGCGCUGGAGACGGACGGCUACGAUUUUCGUCUCUGGGAGGUUUGUAGAGCGACUUGGGCUGAGCCUGGGGUGUUCGAGCCGGUGGAGAUAAAAUCGGUCGAUGGAAAGACCAAGUGUGUGGCGAUCGGUGGAGGAUUAGCGACGAGCAAUCCAACGGCGGCUGCGAUCACGCACGUGCUGCACAACAAGCAGGAGUUUCCGUUCGUGCGAGGAGUUGAGGAUCUGCUUGUUCUGUCUCUUGGGCUGGGUCAGUUGCUUGAUGUGAGCUAUGAGUAUGACCGGAUUAUCAAGUGGACGGCCAAGCAUUGGGCUCGCCCCGCCGCUCUCAUUUCUAACGACGGUGCUGCCGACACCGUCGAUCAAGCUGUCGCCAUGGCUUUUGGUCACUGCCGCAGCAGCAACUACGUCCGGAUUCAGGCGAAUGGGUCGAGCUUAGGACCUUGCAGGCCAAACAUAGACACAGACCCGAGUGGGAGCAAUGUGAACAUGCUGGUCGGAGUAGCGGAGGAGAUGCUAAAGCAAAAGAAUGUAGAGUCGGUUUUGUUUGGAGGUAAAAGGAUCGAUGAACAGAGCAAUUUCGAGAAGCUUGACUGGUUAGCCGGGGAACUUGUUCUCGAGCAUCAAAGGAGAAAUUGCAGAAUCGCUCCAACCGUAGCGUUCAAGCAAUCUGUUCGCAGGGCGGAUCACAAGACAAGGGACAAGGAUAUCGGUGUGACCGCUAGAGAACGAUGAACAACAAAAGGGUCUUCUUGUUCUUCUCUUUUGGUUUGUUUAGAUAAAUUUAGGAUCAGGUUAUGAUUUGUUGUAUAGAUUUGAGUCUGUGUUUGAGUUCCGAGACAUGGGGAAACAUCAUCGAUCAUCUUGCAAAAAAGGGCUCAAGCCCCUUCAUUCAUGCUGCCAGAAAAAGACAACAUGAUUCCUGUAAUUGGGGGUUUGUCUUUGUUUUACUAUAAUCAUAUCAUGAUUUGUUCUUUGCGGCAUUUCCACUAACUUUAAGCAACCAAAUGAAUCCAAAAAUUUGUAUUCAUAUUUGCUUUGUUUCUGAGUAAGAUAAUG